AUCAUCUGCCCCUUCGCCUUCGUCUUUGCUCUUCCCAUCCCCACCAUCUCCCCUUUUCAACUCACGUUGCUGUUUCUUUUUCAGCACUGCUUAGACGAAAAGAUGAGCGUUCAUUUUUUUCACACUUAGCUGUUGUCCUUUCCUUUUUCGCCCGGCUUUUACGUCUCGAAGCUGAGUGAGACCGACCCUCCAUUCUUCGGCCGCCAGGACCCACCCCUCCCUUGCCCCCUCCCAUCCAGCUUCCUUCCUCCGACCUCAGUGAGCCUCAUCCUUUCACUACUGUCACAUCAUGAGUGACCUAGACAGAGCGAUCGCGCAACUCCGCGCUUGCCGUCUGAUCCCCGAAUCCCAAGUCCGCGAACUCUGCUACAAAGCGCGAGAACUCCUGAUUGAAGAAGGCAAUGUGGUGUGCGUGGACGCGCCCGUCACCAUCUGUGGCGACAUCCACGGACAGUUCCAUGAUCUGAUGGAGCUCUUCCGCGUGGGCGGCGAUGUACCUGACACCAACUAUCUUUUCAUGGGCGACUUCGUUGAUCGCGGAUUCUACUCGCUCGAGUCCUUCCUUCUCCUCCUGUGCCUAAAGGUCCGGUAUCCCGACCGCAUCACGCUGAUUCGCGGCAACCACGAGUCGCGCCAGAUCACGACUGUUUACGGCUUCUACGACGAGUGCAUCCGAAAAUACGGCAACGCUAAUGUCUGGCGGUACUGUUGCGAGGUCUUUGACUACCUGGCGCUGGGAGCGCUGGUGCUGGGCGCCAGCUCCGGCUUGGAACCCUCCGGGCCCGCACUAGAGACCACGUCGACCACCAUGUCGCUGGACGACAGCGAGUUGGAGACCGAGGUGCUGAACUCGCGCGGCGAGGUGACGAUGAGCACCUAUCGCCCCAAACAGCACCGCGUUGAUUCGCCCCUCCUUCCUUCCCUUUCACAAGACAAAUCCGCCACGUCGUCCACCCAGAACCCGGCCUCCUCCAUGCCGCCCAUACGGUCCGGAUGGGCAGGCACUGGAGCCACGAGCGACUCCUCGGGCAGCUACUCCACCGGCACGGGGGCCGUCCUCUGUGUUCACGGCGGUCUCUCUCCGCUGAUCGACACCGUGGAUAAAAUCCGGCUGAUCGACCGCAAACAGGAAGUGCCGCACGAGGGCGCGAUGUGCGACCUCUUGUGGUCUGAUCCGGACGAGAUCGACGGCUGGGGCCUUAGCCCGCGCGGCGCCGGGUUCUUGUUUGGGGGCGACAUUGUGAAACAUUUCAACUACAAAAACGACCUGUCGCUGAUCGCGCGCGCCCACCAGCUCGUCAUGGAAGGGUACAAGGAGAUGUUUGACGGCGGCAUCGUCACCGUCUGGUCGGCCCCCAACUACUGCUACCGCUGCGGCAACGUCGCCUCCAUCCUGGAGUUGGGGGAGGAUGCCAGCAACGGGGGCACAGUCUCCCGCAGCAACGGCGACUACAACCGCAGCAACGGCGCUGCUGCGGCCGUCGUCCGCAGCCCCGGUCGAAGAUACCGGGUCUUUGAGGCUGCCGCGCAGGAUACGCGAGGCAUGCCAGCGAAGAAGCCUGUUGCCGAUUAUUUCCUGGUAAAGUUGCCCUGGCCUUGAA